AUGCGAAUAAUGUGCACAAUCAUGGCAGCCGUUUUGGGCAGCACGUUGCUGCUGGUAUCGAUUGUUUUCAUCAGCGCGAGCAGUCGCCUAAAUGGUGGCAAGUUUGCAGAGCAGAUCCAGAAACGGAAAGCCGACGACAGCCGGGAGAUGGACAUGUGGGAGCUGGUUUCAUCGGCCACGGUUGCCCCGAUGGGUGGUGCUUUCGAGCGGAUGGUGCGGUUUGAUGAGCUAAAGCGGGAACGUGACUCGGUUGAUCUCGAUCAGGAUCCGUUGGAGGCCGAAAACAGCCAUCUUGUGGUGCAAGUGUACUCGGUCGACUCGGAUCAGGAAGGAGGGAAUGAAUCUACGCCAGGAGGCUCACCGGUUCGUUCGCUGAUGGUGGAAAACUUUGCCACCCCCAAGGAGAUCCUGGACGGGAAGCCAACUGAUCGGGUAGAGCGGAAGAUGUUCCCACCGGUCCGGAACAUCCAGGAACAACUGGCGAAGGUGGAAUCGAGCGAAAAGCCGGACACGGAGGCACUUUUGCAGGAGCGAUUCUUCGUGGAUGACAGUGCGAAUGCUGACGUGAAUCACCCCAUGGGACGCCAGUACCGUAAUGGAUAUGGAGCCUACGCUCGUACAACGGACGAUGGUAUGGAUCUGGAACGGGAAGUCCCAAAGCUCAAGCCAAGACCACAGCCUACGUCCCACACGGUGCCACCAUUCUACGAUUACAACGAGCAGUCGAGCCAGCGAAUGUUGGAUGAGUUUUUCGCACUCCGCAACCAGGACGCUAUGGCUGCCCGCAGAUCCAACUACGAGUGGGGUGAGGGACAGCUACGAUCACGGACACUAGAGGAGAUAAAGCAGCAGAACCGGGCGAUGGCGUCCUCACGAAAGAAGACCCCACUGGAACAACCUGCAGGACGAUCGGACCGGGAAGACGACAUGAGCUACGAUCGGUACGCCGAUUACGCUGAGGCAGAACAACGUUCGAUGAGCUACGGAUCACCACGGUUAGGGCGCAAACAGCGUGCGACACCGUGUACGGGUACUAAAACGCAAGUCCUUAACAAGGUACCGAUUGUGGCGUACGAUACCAAGGAUUCGAUGCCACCGACGUACAUGCCCGACAAUUCGCACCGUUCGCAGUUCGAGCGGUCCCGCUUCCAGUACUGGAACCCUUCGAUGGUGUUCAACCCGUACGCCUGGGAUCCGUACCACAUGAAUAUGCUGCGAUUUCCACAGUGCAACGCCUGCCAGCAGCACGCACGAGCCCUUUGCGGCAAGUGUGGCCUGUGCAGUGACUGCUGCGCCCACAGCAAGUGCACCUGCGGAUGUCUGAACGGCUGA